UCUCUCAGCUCCUGUGUCCUCUGUCCUGCUGGUCUCUGAGUGUCUGUCCCAGGGAGAGAGGAGGGUGUCCUGCUCCUCUGAGGGAGGGGACAGUCCUCAGUACAGCUGGACUCUGGAUGGACGCACACUGACAGAUGCUGAGCUCCUUCCUGGAAAUAAUGAGAGUAACAUGAUCACUCUGAAACAGCACGUCUCAGGACGUCUGGUCUGCUCAGUCAGGAACAAAGUCAGUAAUGUUUUCAAAGAAGAGAAGAUAUCUACCUGUGGAGUAGCAGCUUUGCCAUUGAUCGGCGGUGUUCUCUCAGCACUGGUAUUUCUCUUAUUUGUGGGUGUAGCUGUCAUCUGUGCUCAGAGGAAAAAACAGAACAAACUCUCUACAAAACAAAAAGAGGCAGAGAAAGAUGAUGACCAGGAAGUCACGUAUGCUGAUGUCAGGGUUAUGCUGCAGCAGCAGGGGAAGCAAGUAGAGCAAAGGGUGGAGGCAAAGCCAGAGGUGGAGUACGGCCAAGUCAAGUUUUCAAAGCGACUUCGACACACUGAACCAACAGGAAUUGAUUGUAUCUAUUCCACGAGCACAAAAGAUUUCUACAUAUGCAGUGAGAACAGGUUUUCCAAGGAGCCAUUUAUGACCAUUAAACACUGGAGAUAUGUGCAUGCCAUUUAAUAAAGCACUCUGACAGCUUCCAACUAUGUCAACACACAUUGAACAGUGAGGAGACAUGGAAGCUGUGCUUGGCUUGAUGGUGAUUCUACUGGGAGUGCCUCAUGUUCCAGGUGUGGAAACUUACUGUGAUGGCAGACAGGAUGGAGCUCAGUGUUAUGGAGCUUUGGGAGGAACUGUGGACAUCCAGCUGAUGGACAACACCUCAGAAAUAUCUAGAUAUCAAGUGUUAAAUAAUUCAUUAAAAAUACUAGAUGUGAGAAAGAAUAAGGUUAUUUCUAAUACCAUAGAACAUAGAUAUCUUUUUCCCAGUAAUGGAACAUUUAGGAUCAAUAACCUGAGUAGGUCAGACAGUGGUAAUUAUACCCUUCAAACCUUUGAUUCAGAUGGAAGAUCAUCAGGCGAGCGGACUUUACAGUUGUUUAUUCAAGCUCCUGUGUCCUCUGUCCUGCUGGUCUCUGAGUGUCUGUCCCAGGGAGAGAUGAGGGUGUCCUGCUCCUCUGAGGGAGGGGACAGUCCUCAGUAUAGCUGGACUCUGGAUGGACGCACACUGACAGAUGCUGAGCUCCUUUCUGGAAAUAAUGAGAGUAACAUCAUGACUCUGAAACAGCACGUCUCAGGACAUCUGGUCUGCUCAGUCAGGAACAACGUCAAUAAUGUCUCCAAAGAAGAGAGAAUAUCUACCUGUGGGUUCAUUUUUAUUAACUGCACCGCAGUCAAUGGGACAAUGAUAUCGGGGUGGGUGCAUAAAGCCAGUAACACCCUGUGUGUUGAACCAGCACAGAUUUUUAAGGGAAAUUUGCCACUAAUUGGUGUUCUCACGACGCUCAUCAUUUUCUUACUUGUGGGUAUAGCAGUCAUCUGUGCUCAGCGGAAAAAGAAAAACAGCAAACCUAAAAAACAAAAAGAGGAAGAAGAUGACGAGGAAGAAAUCUUUGCUGAUAUCAGGGUUGUGAAACGGCAGGCGAAACAACUGGAGAGAAGAGCUGAGCUAGAGUUUGGCAAAGUCAAGUAUUCAAAGCGACCUCGGCAGACGGAACCAACAGGAAAUGCUUGUUUGUAUGCCAACGUCCAUAAAGCCAUGUAAUUUAAGUGGUCAGUGCUUACACACAGACUGCACAGCUGAAAGCUGAUGGAGUGAGGAGCUGCUGUCAAGAUGUCUAACUGUUUUUCGUUAAAUGUGAUUUCCCAUCAGAAAAAUAUAAUAUAUACUAUCAAAGGUAAUGCUAACUGAUAUAAAAGUUUAUUUUACUUUCAUUGCACUUCCAAUCUCUUGAUUUAGUAUGUUGCACAAAUACUGUGAGUGUUUUCUGCAUAUAUUCUGUGGAAGCUCUCAUAGAACAUUGUUAUUUAGGAGGGUUGAUCCAAGAUGGCGCCGGUGUGCUUGGCACACCGUCCUCCUGGGCCCUCUACUGUUUGGAGUAUCAGAUCUCCUACCACUGUUAUGCUGACAACAUUCAAAUCCAUUUCCAGUUGUCUGAUGACCUGCCAGCUUCAUUGAAUCAUUUGUCUGACUGCCUGAGAGAGUUCACAGAGUGGCUGUCAGCCAAUUCUCUCAUUUUAAAUGAGAAGAAAACUGAGAUUAUGGUGUUUGAUAGUCACACUCCACGAGAUCAGCUAGCUGCCCGAUUUGGUCUCUUUGCUUGCUUCUUACCGAUACUGUAAGUAAUCUAGGUGUUUUCCUGGAUAGUUCAUUUAAACUGGAUAAACAUG